AUGGCUCCGACUCCAAAGAUUACGCUUGACCCCCUCGACCACAUAGCUGCUUGGAAUAUUCCACAGAGCGUGAUCUACCUGAGUUUGAAGCAGGGUGUCACGGUACAGGAUGCCUUUGGACGUCUACAAGAAGGUCUGCGUCGAACCUUCGCUGAAAUACCUUGGCUGAAUGGUCGCGUACACUGGCAGAGCGAGGAUACCAGUGGGUGGCGUCCCGGCCAGUUGGAGAUCCGUUUCGGGCCCCCUUCUUCCAAAGAACCACCACACCAACUGCAUUUCAAUGAGCUAGAAACUGAUCUGGAACUCUCUGAUCUCAGAGAUCUGGGUUUUCCGUUGGACACAUUCGAAGAGAAGGACUUGUUAUGGACGACGCCAUUCCAGCCCGAUUUCGAGAAAGGGGCUGAUGUCUUGACGGCCCAGGCCAACUUCUUGCCUGGGGGCUGUGCUCUGGCUCUCUCUGUCGCGAGCCCGGCCUCGGACGGCACCGCUAUGCUCUCUGUGACAAAAGUUUGGGCUCACCAUUGCAACGCUUUGAUGGCAAAGCCAGGGACGGAUAACAGUGUUCAACCCCACGGCGGCUCGGGCUCGGGGUUCGAACGGACAGCAUUGAGAAAUGCAUGCAAAGAGGACAAGCGAGACACGGUUUCAAGUCAUUUGGCAGCAGAUAUUUGUCGUCUCGUGGGCCUCGACUCCGAACACGCGUUUCUCGAUAUGACUUCCACCGCUCCCGACGCCUUUCCUGGUGUACCCAAAGCGAUGAAGCCCAGGUUAUUCUAUAUGCCGCAAGGAGCUUAUACGGCCCUGCGCAAAGACUGCGUUGCUGAACUUGGUCCUACAGAUGUUUCUGGAAACGACUUCAUCUGUGCAUUGAUCUGGAGAAGUGUUGUCAGAGCUUGGAUGGCAACUCAGGACGCGCAGCACAAUACCGACGAGCUUCACGCAGCAAUGUCAGAGGUCAGCAUCCCCUUCGAUGCGCGGCCGCAGCUCCAUGAUCUACUGCCAACCAGUUAUUUUGGCAAUGUCAACUUUGAAAACAGACUUGCACUUUCCCCCAGCCAUAUUGUGGCCAAGGAUACGAGCAUCCCUGAGCUCGCGAAAACAAUACGGACACAUGCGGCGGAUUUUACAGAUCACGACAGCCUGCUGGAUGCGUACAGACUACUCGAUUUGGUCUCAGACUAUACAAGACUACCGCAACUGCGAGCAGCUCGCAUGAAAUCGCCUUCAGUGGGCAUCCUGGCUCCAACAACGCUUCCAUUCAAUGAGACCUGCUUUGGAGCCCAGACAUUUGGUGCUGGUGGUCGACCGGAAGCUUUUCGGCCGCUCAUGGGAGAUUGCAACAGUGGUUUCCGUACCUGUUUCGUCAUACCUCGAAAGUCUUAUGGCGGAAUCGAGUUCGUCAUGACUUUAUCUGACAAAGAAGUGAAUUUCCUCGACAAGGACGCGGAGUUUACGAAGUAUAGUUUACGCAUGGCUUGA